GAAGAGGAGAGGCAAAGAGGGCCCGAGAGGAAGGGGAAAAAAAAAAACCAAAACAAAACGCCGACCCGGGCUAGCAGGAGGCGCGGCGGCGGCGGCGGCGGCGGCGGCGGCGGCGGCGGCGGCGGCUCGGACCCCCUCCCCCGGCUCCCCCCAUCAUCUCUGCAGCUCUCCGGGCGAUGCCAGAAUAGAUGCCGGGGCAAUGUCCCGCCGCAAACAGGGCAACCCGCAGCACUUGUCCCAGAGGGAGCUCAUCACCCCAGAGCCAGAGCAUGUGGAGCCCAGCAUCCUGGAGGAAGAUGAGGGGCUGGACAUCGAAGAGCCCAGCGGCCUGGGGCUGAUGAUGGGCGGCCCCGACCCUGACCUGCUCACCUGUGGGCAGUGCCAGAUGAACUUCCCGCUGGGGGACAUCCUGGUCUUUAUCGAGCACAAGAAGAAGCAGUGUGGCAGCACCCUGGGCUCCUGCUAUGACAAAGGCCUGGACAAGGGCAGCCCCCCGCCCGCCUCCCUCAGGAAAGUGUCGGAGCCGGUCGAGAUCGGAAUCCAGGUCACCCCCGACGAAGAUGACCACCUGCUCUUGCCCACGAAAGGCAUCUGCCCCAAGCAAGAGAACUCUGCAGGGCCGUGCAGGCCUGCACAGCUGCCCGCGAUGACCCCCAUAGCCGCCUCCUCCCACCCUCCCACCUCCGUCAUCUCUUCUCCGCUGCGCGCCCUGGGCGCCCUGCAGCCCUGCUUCCCUCUGGCCUGCUGCGGCGCGCGGCCCGGCCUGGGGGACGGGCCUCAGGGUGAGGGUCAGACGGAGGCUCCCUUUGGAUGUCAGUGUCAGUUGUCAGGUAAAGACGAGCCUUCCAGCUACAUUUGCACGACAUGCAAGCAGCCCUUCACCAGCGCCUGGUUCCUGCUGCAGCACGCGCAGAACACGCACGGCUUCCGCAUCUACCUGGAGCCCGGCCCGGCCAGCAGCUCGCUCACGCCGCGGCUGACCAUCCCGCCGCCGCUGGGGCCCGAGGCGGUGGCGCAGUCCCCGCUCAUGAAUUUCCUGGGCGACAGCAACCCCUUCAACCUGCUGCGCAUGACGGGCCCGCUGCUGCGGGACCACCCGGGCUUCGGCGAGGGCCGCCUGCCCGGCACGCCGCCCCUGUUCAGCCCGCCGCCGCGCCACCACCUGGACCCGCACCGCCUCAGUGCCGAGGAGAUGGGGCUCGUCGCCCAGCACCCCAGUGCCUUCGACCGAGUCAUGCGCCUCAACCCCAUGGCCAUCGACUCGCCCGCCAUGGACUUCUCGCGGCGGCUGCGCGAGCUGGCGGGCAACAGCUCCACGCCGCCGCCCGUGUCCCCGGGCCGCGGCAACCCCAUGCACCGGCUCCUGAACCCCUUCCAGCCCAGCCCCAAGUCCCCGUUCCUGAGCACGCCGCCGCUGCCCCCGCUGCCCCCGGGGGGCACGCCGCCGCCGCAGCCGCCGGCCAAGAGCAAGUCCUGCGAGUUCUGCGGCAAGACCUUCAAGUUCCAGAGCAAUCUCAUCGUGCACCGGCGCAGCCACACGGGCGAGAAGCCCUACAAGUGCCAGCUGUGCGACCACGCGUGCUCGCAGGCGAGCAAGCUCAAGCGCCACAUGAAGACGCACAUGCACAAGGCGGGCUCGCUGGCCGGCCGCUCCGACGACGGGCUGUCGGCCGCCAGCUCCCCGGAGCCGGGCACCAGCGAGCUGGCGGGCGACGGGCUCAAGGCGGGCGACGAGGACGGCGGCGACUUCGGCGUGGGCGGCGUGGGCGGCGGCGUGGGCGGCGGCCGGCGCCACCACCACCACCACCACCCCGAGAGCGACCCGUCCUCGCUGGGCGCCGAGCCCGAGGAGGAGGACGACGACGAGGAGGAGGAGGAGGAGGAGGAGCUGCUGCUGGAGAACGAGAGCCGGCCCGAGUCCAGCUUCAGCAUGGACUCGGAGCUCAGCCGCAACCGCGAGAACGGCGGCGUGGGCGUGGGCCUGGGCGUGGGCGGCGUGGGCGGCGGCGUGGUGGUGGCGGGCGCCGUGGGCGCCGCCGCCGCCGCCAAGGCGCUGGCCGACGAGAAGGCGCUGGUGCUGGGCAAGGUCAUGGAGAACGUGGGCCUGGGCGCGCUGCCGCCCUACGGGGAGCUGCUGGCCGACAAGCAGAAGCGCGGCGCCUUCCUCAAGCGCGCGCCGGGCGCGGGCGGCGGCGGCGGCGCCCCCGGGGAGCCCGGCGCGCCCGGCGCGGACGACGACGAGGACGCGGCGGGCGGCUGCGGGGACGCGGGCCCCGGCGGCGUGGGCGUGGGCGUGGGCGGCGUGGGCGUGGGCGGCGUGGGCGUGGGCGGCGUGGGCGGCGUGGUGGGCGCCGUCAACGGGCGCGGCGGCGGCUUCGCGCCCGCCGACCCCUUCCCGGGGCUCUUCCCGCGCAAGCCCGCGCCGCUGCCCAGCCCCGGGCUCAACAGCGCGGCCAAGCGCAUCAAGGUGGAGAAGGACCUGGAGCUGCCGCCCGCCGCGCUCAUCCCCUCCGAGAACGUGUACUCGCAGUGGCUGGUGGGCUACGCCGCGUCGCGCCACUUCAUGAAGGACCCCUUCCUGGGCUUCACGGACGCGCGCCAGUCGCCCUUCGCCACCUCGUCCGAGCACUCGUCCGAGAACGGCAGCCUGCGCUUCUCCACGCCGCCCGGGGACCUGCUGGACGGCGGGCUGUCCGGGCGCAGCGGCACGGCCAGCGGCGGCAGCACGCCGCACCUGGGCGGGCCCGGGCCCGGCCGGCCCAGCUCCAAGGAGGGCCGGCGCAGCGACACGUGCGAGUACUGCGGCAAGGUCUUCAAGAACUGCAGCAACCUCACGGUGCACCGACGGAGCCACACCGGCGAGCGGCCUUACAAGUGCGAGCUGUGCAACUACGCGUGCGCGCAGAGCAGCAAGCUCACGCGCCACAUGAAGACGCACGGGCAGAUCGGCAAGGAGGUGUACCGCUGCGACAUCUGCCAGAUGCCCUUCAGCGUCUACAGCACCCUGGAGAAACAUAUGAAAAAGUGGCACGGGGAGCACUUGCUGACUAACGACGUCAAAAUCGAGCAGGCCGACCGCAGCUAAGCGGGGCGCGCGCGCGCGCGGGUGC